AUGGGUGAUUUACAUGCAUUAGUCGCUGAAAAUACAUCUACUAAUCGCAUGCUCAAUGUUGAUGUUACAAUAACAAAAUCAUCGGAUAUUCAAAAUUCUCGAAAUUCUCUCUUCAUACGUGAUUCGAUUCCGCCCAAUCAUCGUCAACUCCUCUUUAUCAUGGAAUCAACUUCCGAACAGAAAAAAGCAACCGAAAAAGCUCAUUAUUCACGUACAUAUUCACCUACAUUCAAACUUAGUUCGAUGCAACAAAGACCUUCAGAACCUAUAAUUCAUAGAGCUGAUGAUAUACACGCAAUACGGCCUAUUGUUUAG